AUGGUCGAGGGCUUCGUCAGCGGUAGCAAAAGCUCCACUAUGCAAAAGGUAACAGCAAAUCAUGGUCCCGGUGCGCCCUUUCCCCGCCUUGCAAUGAACUACGGCCACGUUCUCUGGAUCUUUGCUCAGCCAAUCGUGAACGCUGUGACAAAACGGCUGAAUCAACUCGAUUUUGGGCGGGUUGUGGUCGUCGAACGGAAAGGUUUGUACUCGGUUGUGGAACUUGGACGUGUCGUAAGUGCGUUCCGAACACAAGUUGUAGAUGAAGUAGUGGUUGUUGUGUUUCGAAUCGAGGAGCUUCACCACAUCGUCGAUGUGGUUGCGGUACACGCCUUCGAUGUUGGACGCCGGGUAACCCAUUGCUAUUAUGCUAUCGGUUAUGUCUACAAACGAGUCAAGGAAAUUGAUGCCCUUCGCAGGCCCGGCAACAGUCCGGCGACCUUCAACCCUUUGGAAGAGGAGCGAGCCGACCCUUGGGGGGGUUCGGGGCGCAGGACUGUUUACACGACCCAAAGCGGAACUAUUUACAUAUUGCGACCUUCAAGGAUGAUGUAUGAAAAGAGCCUGGCUGAGACUUUAAAAAACCUGUGCCUUGACCUUCACCCUGACCCAUUUCCCACAAAAACAUACAAAAAAAUCGUCCUCCAGUUAAAAAAAAUCACAACUAUUAUGGAAGAAGUAAAUGAGCGUAAUGUUUGCUGCAUUAGCGAUAUUCUCACCAAAAUAUCAGACGACGUUGUUGUUUUCACCGAAAUAUCCGAAAUGCCAAAAAAUUGGUUAAUCCCAAGCGUUGAACUUUGCAAAAUGUUAACACAAUGGCAAGUUCCGAAAACAUUCAACAGUCUUUUACAAAAACUGCUAGCCUAUAUCGUAAUUAAGCUGAGUCGUUGCACGAGUGAAGAUGCAGCUUCAAUUUUGAAUGACUUCAAAGAAUUAAAAGUUUGCAUUUUUACUUAUCGAAAAAACUCCAUUUGGAACAACACGAAACUGGAUGAAAUCAUCGAAAUGUUCGUGGAAAAGCUAAUCAAGACAGUUAAAGAGUUAAAAAUUGAUAAUUGCGAGGAAAAGUUUCAUUUGUUCAGCAUUAUGAGGAUAAUGAUUACAGAGUUUGGUAAACAUUCAGUUUAUAGUACCAUAAUUGUUAGGCAAUUAACACAAGAGGUCAAGAGACAUUACGAGCAUUUGAAGGAAAAUUGGGACUUGGAAAUUAAUGAUUAUGUUCUUGAGAAUUUCCGGACCCACCUGUUCAUCCUCAAUAAUAUCAUUGGAACAAGCAUUAUUAAUAUCAAAGAAAGCGGUAAAGACAUUUUAACAGAAUUAAAAACCACUUUGUGCGACGAAGAGAUUCAGGACAAAAUGUGCGCAAGAGAAGCUUUCCUUGUCCAGAAUAUUUUGCGAAUUGUUUACGUUUACUUAUCGGCGGAGUAAAAUGUUUUAGGGGAAAUACUUAAUUUUCAUUUCAUUAAUUGUCUAAGCCAUGUAAUUAUUGUAACAAUGUAAAAAGAGGAUUAACGUCCGUAAUUUUUAUUCUUUAACCUUUUCACAUAAAAAAAAUGAAGAACACUGUAAACAUGCGACGCAUGACUUCAACAUGGAGUGAAAACCGUUGAUCAUCACACUUUAAAAUCUUUGUAAACUACACAUAAAGUCAUAUUAUGAAUGCGACAUGCUUAAAAUAUCAACGCUGAAUAGAAAGUGUUUGUACUCUGAAGAGAGCGACUCAUUUCCCUAAACUAUAUACACAAAUAACCCAACACAAUACUCGUGGCACAGCCUCGUUGGGCUAAAUAAAACUAAAGCUUUUUCUGAUAAUUAACACAAUGUUUGAAAUUAUUUGAAAAACUUUGAUACAUUUCUACAGUGUCGUCAAAAUUAUCUAUAAUGGGUGCUAAGUACUGAAACCACGGCUGCUAAUCCAACUCGAUCCGAUUCGUCGGUAAAGCCCCACAAUGCAUUUUCGAUUCUUUCAUU